AUGGAAACACAUGCUCUUCGCAUCGGACCCAACGAGCUCCAUCUCGACGAUGUCAGCCUCUACAAGACCAUCUACAACCAGAACACAAAGUACCUCAAGGCCCCGAGCUACUACGAUGCGUUCAGCUCCCACCAGACCAUGUUCGGGCAGUACGACCCGCAGCUCCACCGCCGGCGGCGCAAGCUGAUGAGCCCCAUGUUCUCGCGGGCCGGCAUCUUCAAGCUCGAGGGCCUCAUCCACGACAAGUACGAGCUCAUGGAGGGCAAGAUCCUGCGCCUGUGCGGCAAGGGCUCCGGCAGCGUCGACGCGUACGACGCCUUCGGGGCCCUGACCACCGAGAUCAUCGCGCAGUUCGCCUUCUCGCGCCCCGCCGGCAUGAUCGCGGAGUCGAGGGACAGCUUCAAGGCCAGCAGCGUCGACGCCAUCGAGGGGACCGCGGACGGGAUCGAGCACAUGCGGCAGUACUGGGUGCUGAGGGUGCUCGCUGCGAUAAUGCCGAGGAGGCUUAUGGCCCGUUUUGGCGGGGACGUCGGACAGUUCAUGCACGUGCUCGACUACGCAGAAGAGUCCGUGCAUCAUUGGGAGCAGCACAAGGGCGAAGUGGACCACCCCGUCGUCUUCGAUGCCCUCGAGGGCCUGGCCGAUGAGCAGAAGUCUGGCGAGGCGGUGAGCAUGAUCAUCGCGGGGGGAGAUACCACCGCGAGCACCCUCACGUACGCGGUCGCGGCCGUCACCGGCGACCCGCAGAUCCACCAGAGGCUUGUCUCCGAGCUCGAGACGGCGCUGGCGGCCCGCGGCGGGAGGAGGGGCGACAGGCCGGCGCUGAGCGAGCUGGAGGAGAUCCCUUACCUGAUGGCCGUGGUGAGGGAGUCCGUGAGGUGUGCCGUUGCGCAGCCUGCCCGCCUGCCUCGCACAGUGCCCGACGGUGGCGAACCGCUCAUUGUUGAUGGCAAGGUUAUCCCCCCAGGCACUGUAGUUGGUAUGUCUACCUACACCAUGAACAUGAGCGAGGAGAUCUUCGGACCAGACGCACGACAAUUCAACCCCGAACGGUGGAUGAAACCCGAAUCCAAACAACUAGCCGAGCACAUCUAUACCUUCUCCAAGGGAAGCCGGAUGUGUAUUGGGAUCAACCUUGCCAACGCAGAGCUGGUGAUUCUCAUCGCCAGCCUUUUCUACAAUCUCAAGGUGUCCCGACCUUGCCACUUCCAGGAACCUGUCGAGAGGGAGCAUUUCACCGUCAGCUAA